AUGGAGGAUGAUGUUUGUUCCGAAUAUCUGGAUUUCGCCGUGGAAACUUAUCGUCACGCAUCACGCUAUGGCGACUGCCCAUGCGAUAGCCCCUUUUUGCCUAGGCGCGGAGUGUUCUUCUGGCCCAUGGAGAAGUCGGAGCUUGACCAGCGACGGUUUAAACUAUGGAUUCAAAUCUUAAAGCAAAUGGAGAAGGAUAAUAUUCUGAUUCCCAUGCACGAGCCCAACUAUGUCGAGUAUCGCGACGCGCGCUAUCUAUUUCACUCCAACUACUUCAGGCCACCAUACUUUAAAGCUGGAAAAAUCAAUUGGCCACACGUGAAAGAGUGGUACUUUGAGUUCAUGAACAACACGGAAGAAUCAAGGCUACUGAAUGAAGCCAUGUCUCGGCUGGAGAGAUAUCUAAACGCUAGGGAAUCCAAAGAAGGCAUGUCAUCCAAUUCUCCACUAAAGCAGCCUUCCAUCGUUGGCAAAAAUAACCUUCGCCCUCAUGAAUUCCCCGAACAAACUGGACCAUCCCAGAAUCCAACUGAGGUUAACAGAAUGAGUGAUAAGAAUCAUUUUCAGUCCAAGAAUUCUCGUCCGCCCUUCAUUUACCAACGCAGUAGCUAUGAUGCAAGUGAGAGUUCUAGCAUGUCUGACUCACGAGAUCUUCAUCGGGCCCAGUAUAUCAACUUCACGGAAGAUAGCACGGAAGAGAACCCAAUAGCCAGGGCUAAUUCUGUACAACCUGCAUCAGGUGGAAAGCAAAAAAAAGAAGUUAUUGUUGAACCUCAAAGCCCUUUCGUAAACAUAUGUCACGGCUGCAGUCGGUGUGUAUGUCGUCUUGAAUAUCCAGAUGAUCUAACCGAGGGGCGCCUACAUCCUGUGUCUGAAAGUGCCGCCGCUCAAGUACACUGCGAUUACAUAAUUUGUCACGAAUGUGUAAAGUUGAUUAAUAAUUUGGAAGAUGAUAACUUCAGGUUACAUUUAGAAUCACCUGAACAUACCUAUAAUGUAUUAUCACGAUUACAAAAAAUUGGAAAAUCUCCCACACAGACAUCCCAAACCGCGAAGAGAACCAAAAAACUUGAGGCUAUACUAGCGCGCCAGGGAUACACGAGUGUAUCGGAUUACAUGAGCAAGGCGUCCCACACAGGACAGAAGCUCCAAGAACUAAGCUCACAUCCCAUACUCUCUGAAUCUACUCAAGACCACAAACUACAAACAUCACAAUUCCCUGUCCAAGCGAUUACAACCCAGGAACUCCGCAAAAGCCCCGAACCGCGCUAUCAGAGGCACAUUCCAGACUCAAAAAACCAGGUUAGCUCUUCUGUCGACCUAGGAAAAACGAUUUCAAUUGAUGUAGACAAACCUGGAGAGCUAGCGAAUAAAGCAGAGCCUCAUCGCUUAUCAAACGGAAACGUUGGCGAUAGAUUUGAUUCGGUCGAAUCUGAUUUGAAAACUCUUCAACAGACUCUAGCUGAUAUUGGCCGUCAAGUCGAGACGGGUGCGAAUCGAACGCAGGCUCUUGUGCGCUCGUUUAUCCGGCAUGACGAUGCGAUUAAGCUCCUUCAAAAGGAUGCUAUGCAGGGCAAAGCAAUCAGUGAUAUUAUGGAAGGCGCUAUCGAUGCGAUGUCGGGAAGCACCCAGCGAGAAGAUGUUACGAGCCGUCUCGAACGGCAGGAAAAAGGCCUUGACAUGCUUCGUAGAGAACUCAAGGAGAAAGUUGAUGAUUUGAGCUGCUGGCUCAAGGUUAUUGACCGCCAUACAAAUGAGAUCACAUCUUUAAAACAAAAGGUCUGGAUUAAUACUCAAGUCAAUAAUGGUAACAACAACCCAAGUGAUUCUGGCCGACGUGUUGUGCAGAAGCUUGAAUGUCAGGUUCGUAUACAACAAGAAACGACCAAGUCAUUCAUGUUAAAAGUUGAGCAACGUUUCGAUACUAUUGUGCGGCAGUACGCAGAUGAGCUAGAAAUAUUGCGGCAACGAGAUGAAGACAGGCAGAAGCAAAUGACAAACCUUCGGGCGCAACUUGGACUAAAAUUUGCGCAUAUGGAGCAGAAAAUUGCAUCACCGAGAAAGUCUAAGCGAUGA